GUGGCACCCGUUGACACCUCCGAAGCCAAGACACACAUAAAAGGACCCUCGAUCUGCGAACGGAACAGUAGGAAGUUUCUGCUGGGGCACGGUGCUGAAGCUUGGAAUUACACAACAUCAGAAAUUGCAUGUUCGGCCGCUAAAGAUAGAACCCCUUUUACCCCAAAGAGUCUACAUGUCUGAUUACUAGACAUGUUCAGCUUUGUGGAUACUCGGACUUUGCUGUUACUUGCAGCAACGUUAGUAGUGGGAAGAUGUCAAGCCGAAGAUGAUGGUGAUACGGGGGGCUGCAUGAAGGAUGGACAAACAUACCAAAAUAACGAUAUCUGGAAACCCGACCGUUGCCUGAUCUGCGUCUGCGACAGUGGCCAGGUCCUGUGCGAUGAAAUAAUCUGCGAUGAAAAGACCGACUGCCCUAAUGCUGAACUCCCCGACGGAGAGUGCUGCCCUGUCUGCCCCGAUCAAGAACCAGAUGAAGGUGUAAUACAUCCUUCUGGCCCAAGGGUUCAGGGACCUCCUGGCCCCAAGGGAGAGCCUGGUCCUAAGGGUGAUAGAGGACUUCCAGGAUUACCAGGAAGAGAUGGAGUUCCUGGAACUCCCGGCAGAGACGGUCCUCCUGGUCCACCUGGCCCACCUGGAACGUCUGGCCUUGGCGGAAACUUCCUCCCCCAAUAUGAUGGCUUCAGUGAGAAAACAUCUGGUGGUAUUCCAAUGCCUGGACCUAUGGGUCCAAUGGGUCCCAGAGGAGCUCCUGGCCCCCCUGGUGCACCUGGCCCUCAAGGUUUCCAAGGUCACCAAGGCGAGCCUGGUGAACCAGGUGCACCUGGUCCCAUGGGUCCACGUGGUCCUCCUGGCCCCCCUGGCAAGAAUGGUGAUGAUGGUGAACAUGGCAAAGCUGGUCGCCCCGGUGAACGUGGUCCUCCUGGUCCUCAGGGUGCUCGUGGUUUCCCUGGAACUCCUGGACUUCCAGGAAUCAAAGGACACAGAGGUUUCAAUGGCUUGGAUGGUGCUAAGGGUGACUCUGGUCCAGCUGGCCCUAAGGGUGAAACUGGUGCUCCUGGUGAAAAUGGAACUCCUGGUCCAAUGGGCCCACGUGGUGCGAAUGGAGAGCGAGGUCGCCCUGGCCCUCCUGGCCCUGCUGGUGCUCGUGGUAACGAUGGUGCUGCUGGUGCUGCUGGCCCACCUGGUUCUGUUGGUCCCGCUGGUCCUCCUGGCUUCCCUGGUGCUCCUGGAGCUAAGGUGGGUUUACAUGCCACAACUGGAACUUUGAAAGUUGUGUUUUUUGUUUACUAA